CAUGGAGAGCUGCCAGAACAUGUCACUUGCAGGUCUCAGUGCCAUGUCAUAAAGUGGCAAAGUCUUGGUCGAGUGUUUUUUCUUGUAUAGAGAGAUUUCCUUUUUGAUGUAAUCUUUCUAGACAUAUUCUGAGAAUGUCUGACACAGACAAGAACAAGAAACAGAAGCCUGAGGCACCACCAGCACCAGCGGCUACCAUUCAGCCCUCUGCUACCGAUGUGAUUUCACAACAGCCUCACCAGGCUGCCUCUUGGCCUCAGCACCAGCAGCCGUUCUGGCAAUCUCCGCAAAAUUUAGUGGCGCCUUCGACUCAGCAAAUACAUAGCAAUACAAAUGUCGUGAUUAAUGCCCAGCCUGGAGCCAACAAGCGUCCCUGGUCCACGGGGAUCUGCGACUGUUGCACUGACAUGAACACCUGCAUGCUUGCAUGGUUUUGCCCAUUUUGCCUGCAGUUCAUGAUUGCCAGAGACUUGGGGGAGUCUUGUUGUGACGCCUUCUGCUACAUGAUCUGUGCCGCUCCGACCCUCUUUGGUCUGAGGGUCUACGUGAGAGGCAAAGAAAACAUCAAGGGGUCACUCUUUGAUGACUUCAACAAGACCUCAUUGUGCGGAUGUCUGGCCCUGGCACAACUUGCACGUGAGGUCAAACUGGUCAAGAGUACCAAAGGAUUUGUUUAGAAAUUCGCGUCCAUUUCUUGAAGACCUUUUUAUUCACGGCUUUAUGCUUUAUUUGUAGCUCUACAACUAGUUUUUUUUUUGUUUCAUCGUCAAUUUAACACAUAUCUUUCCUUUAACGUGUCUAAGCUCA